AUGUCGGUUCUUCGCCGCUUCCCCGAGUUUUAUACUCCUCCGGCACACCACCUCCGGGGCCAUAUGGGCCAUACGCUCCACCUCCGGCGCCAUAUGGUUCAUACCCUCCGCCUCCGUAUCCAUACCCCCAACCACCUCCAAAUGCUCCACCUACAGGUUAAUGCUUGGCUUUUUAACUCCAAGGACUCUGUUGCCGGUAAUUGCAAGACCGGCACUAGUUUUUGGGGUCAGAUAGCUGCAACCUUCAACUCUACCUCGGAUCCUGCCCGUCGUCAGACCUCCAAGCAGCUGAAGGAUCAUUGGAACGCCUACAACAAGGAGGUGUCCCUGUUCAAUGCAUACCACAUCCAAGAAGAAGCGUUACGUCAAAGUGGAGCAGACGAUCAGAUGGUCAUGAAGGCGGCAAUGGAGAGGUACGCGAAUGACAAAAGAGUGACUCAGCCGUUCAGACGGCACCACUGGUGGCAAGCUAUUCGCAAUGAAGCGAAGUGGAAAGGACAACAUGGUCCUGGUAGUGGAACCGAGUCCACUUCCAAGAGAAGCCGUCUUGGAGUUUCUGGUGAGUACAGCUCUAGCGAGGCGACGACGGAGGAGCGUCCACCGGGCCGCGAUAGGGCCAAGGCUGCGGCACGUAAGGGUCGGAGGAAGGGGAAGGAAUAA